AUGCCGCCCAAGCUGGCAGUCACCGACCAAGACAUUGUCAACCUCCAGGAGUUGUACGCAAAGUUCCAAGACCCGACUUCGCACUACCACAUUCCUCCUGGCACAAAUGGCCCGGAACAUGAGGAAGACCAUGCUUCUUCGCGCACGCCCGACUUGCCUACUCUACUUGCCAAAGCUGCCUCUAUCGUCCAGUCUACUUCUUCGACGGCUGAAAUUCAGGCAGUACACGGUGAUAGAGAGAUAGCGAACGACAGGCCUUGGCAAAAUGCGGAGGGUGGCGCCCAACAGAAAGCACUGGACUACUUUCGACAAGAGGGUCAUGAUACGGUGGGAGUGUUGACAUGGCCUGUUGCCUGGGGUGAUCAGGAUAGCUUCCAGCAUGUGAACAAUGUUCAAUUCCUUCGGUGGAUCGAGAGUGCCAGAAUCAGGUAUGGCGAGAGCUGGGGACCGGUACUGGGCGAGAAGGCUGUGUAUGACCUUCUCCACGCCAAGGGCACAGGGUUCAUCUUGAAAGAUGUGUCAAUCAAGUAUAGAGCGCCUAUCACUUAUCCAGAUACUGUUAUGAUCUCAAACCGCAUCCACUCGGUCAACCCCGAGAGAGCGAGCUAUGGUCAUCAACACAUCAUCUGGUCCAUGAAAGACGGCCAGGUCAAAGCUUUGGCUGAUAGUACGGUGGUGAUGUACGAUUAUGACAAUCUCAAGAAAGGGGUCAUGAGCGAUCAGUUUAGAGAGUUGCUGCAGAGCGUAGAAUAUAAGAAGGAGUAG